GCACCCGGUGGUGGUGUUCAUGAAGGGCAGCCCAGCGCAGCCGCUCUGCGGCUUCAGCAACGCUGUCGUGCAGAUCCUGCGCCUGCACGGCGUGGAGGACUACCGCGCUCACGACGUCCUGCAAGACCCCGACCUCCGCCAAGGAAUAAAAAACUAUUCCAACUGGCCUACCAUCCCACAAGUAUACCUCAAUGGUGAAUUUGUUGGUGGCUGUGAUAUACUCCUCCAGAUGCAUCAGAAUGGAGAUCUUGUAGAAGAGCUGAAGAAGCUAGGAAUCCGUUCAGCACUUCUGGAUGCGGAAAAAGACCAAGACAAAAAGUAAAAUGAGGAAAAAAAAAAAAAAAAGAUGUUGUCACGGGAAUAAAGCAGAUCUUCGAUAAGAACUUAUUACCAGUAAAGCCUUAUAUACUUUAGCUCAAAGAAGGCAUCUUUUUGAACUGACACUAAGAUUUAUCUGUGAAUAUCUGUUAGCUCAUGGUAAAUGUAGUGAUACUGGUAUUUUGACUUACAGAUAUUGUGAAAAUUUGAGUAUAACCACUGCACUGUAAAGCAUACAUUUGUGGAAAUAUGUGUUUAAAAAAAGAAAAAGUUCACUUCUAAAAGCAGUCUAUUCUGGAUUGAGGUAGGAGUAAACCAAAAGAACUAAUAAUAUUUUUAUGGAUUUUGUGUGUGUGUGUUUCUCUGUUCUUUGAUACACAAACCUACGCAGACAGUGUUUGCAUUCCCUUGCUCUUCUUGAAAAAGUGUUUAGUAGUAGUGUAUCAGUUUUUCUGUAUAGCUCCUUGUGAUGACUUCCUGAGACCCUGUAAAACUUCUGUAAUCACAUAUGAUAUAGGAGAAAAAUAGUCUUCAAACAAUAGGGGAGAAAAAAGAUUAUAUGAGAGUGCAUGAAAUAUACUUUUAUUCCAAAGGGUAAAAUAAACAAACUUGUACAAAUACAUGUAUAAUGGUCAUCAUUACUUUGUAACUUUCUGAUGGCUUUUAAAAGAUUGCUAAGAAUUGUGCCUAAAGAUUUUAUAAAACCUUUUCUACCUCUCGCAAAGCAGUUUUUCCCCUGCUUAUAUACUUUGUGUAUUGCAGUUCUUUGUCAGUGCUGAAAUGUGGGAAUUGUUUAAGGCUUCAGUAUUCUAGCUUGAAAUAGUAUGGGAGAAUACUUCAGUUACUACUGUAAUCUUGUAUUAUUUUCUAGUUACCAAGUUAUCUUUUUAUAUUUGUUGUAUUUCCAAUUAUUUUCUCCUGACUGCUGUGCUCUGAAGAAUAUGGCCUUCAAACAUGGAAUUAACAGAUGACAUGUUUCAUGUAGAUAAGAUGAGUGCAGCAGCAAGGCUACUGAAUAGAUAAAUACUUCUUUGUGGAAAGUCUCUGAAGGCUUCAGUAGCUAUUUAAGCAUGUUCCCUAAGUGAAAACAAGUUAUGUUAACUAGUGUAGCUUCAGCUGUACAGCAGUACUGCUAAGGUUAAAAACUAACCAAGCUGUUUCUAACUGUAGUUUACUUUUAUUAAUAUAAAUCAGUUUGCAUGUGAUUUAGGCAAAUUAUUGGAAAUAAACUAUAUUUUAUGUUGAUUGUCUA